CUCCGACAGCUGCGGAAGCUCUGUCCCAUUCUGCCGGAAACUAGAACCGGGAAACCGACUCCCCAAACUAAUAAAUAAUAGCUUGUCCCUGCGCUUGCGCUGUGGCUGGCGAGGUUGCCAGUCCAUCUCCCACUCUUCUGUGCAACUCGCUGGCAGCAACUGUCCAAGAUGCGCUUGCCGCUGAGCUUCGCCGCGCUUGUGGCGGGUCUGGCCCAAACGCAAGCGCAAUACCUCAUCAAUGAGCUCAGCUUCGGCUAUGGCAGCAGGAUAAGCCCAGAAGGAUCGCAGUCAAUACCCAAUUUUGCCCUCCAGGGUCGCCCCAAUGUGCCCGAACUACUGUCGAACAAAGUGAUUCUCACCCCCGUGGCGCCGGGGAACCAGCGCGGCGCGGUGUGGGCCGACAAGCCGUUGUACCCCCAGAACUGGAUCGCGGACGUCGAGUUCCGCGCCAGUGGCCCGGAGCGCGGCGGCGGCAAUCUCAACAUCUGGCUGGUACGGGAUGGCGCGCACGUCAUCGGGUCCGAUAGCGUCUACACGGCGGGGCGGUUCGAGGGGCUGGCGCUGGUGAUCGACCAGCACAGCGGGUCCGGGGGCAUGCUGCGCGGCUUCCUGAACGACGGCACGACCGAGUACAGGACGCAUCACAACGUCGACAACUUGGCCUUCGGCCACUGUGCCUUCUCGUACCGCAACCUGGGCCGUCCGACUCAGAUCAAGCUGCGCCACUCCGAGAGCAAGUUCAGCGUCGAAGUGGCCGGCCGUCUCUGCUUCGAGAGCGACAGGAUCCGCCUCCCGAGCGGCUACAACUUUGGCAUCUCGGCCGCUUCCGCCGACAACCCGGACUCGUUCGAGAUCUUCAAGCUAGUCGUGCUCACGGGUGACAACAGCCAAGCCGAUAGCUCCAACAAUCAGCAGGAGUCGAAUCAGCAGCAGCAGCAGCAGCAGCAACAGCAACAGCAGCGCAUGAUCUUCGGCCGCUCUGGGCAAACCGUGGUCGAGGACCCCUACGACAACAUCAUCCCCGACGCCGAAGCCGAUACCAUCACGUCGUCCAAGGCCCAGUUCGCGGACCUGCACAACCGGCUGCAGUCGGUCAACCACCACCUGUCGAGCAUCUUCCGCAGCCUGUCGCAGAACGCGGCCGUCGACGAGCAGCGGCACGCCGAGGCGUCCGUCAUGCUGGGCGAGAUCAAGGGCCUGCUGACGCGGCUCGAGAAGCUGGAGGUGCUGGAGCACCGGGUGAGCGACGUGGAGCGCGAGAUGCGCUCCAUGCGCCACGAGAUGGCCGGCCGCCUGCAGGCCUCGGAGAACUCCAUCAAGUACCACGUCGACGACAAGCACGAGACCCUGGCCAAGAACGUCCAGGCGCACACCAAGUCCGGCCACACCCGCCUGAUCCUCGUCGUCGUCGGCAGCCAGAUGCUGCUCGCCGGCGCGUAUGCCAUGUACAAGAGGAGGAAAACGUCGCCGAAGAAGUAUCUCUGAUGGCUCCGCAGGGAGAGGAGGAGGGCUGGGGCGAAAUGGAAUGUCCGGUGUAACUGGAGCGGGAUUGAUGAUGUUGUUUGUGCUU